AGAAGAAGAAGAUGGCAACUGUCGAUCUAACCAUCUGAUCCGAUGAAAAAACAUGGCAUUUACUGUCAGUAAACUGCUUUGUCAAAAAUAUUACAUUGACUUUCAUGUAAUUUAAAAGAUCUGCUUAAAUAAUAGAUAAUAGCACCUUACUGUCAAUGGAAGUUAAGUCUGUUUUGACAGGCAGUGAUGUACCGGUUUAUAGUCUCGUGUAACGAUUUUUCGACUCGCUAACGGUUAACUUGGAUUUUUGUAUGUUUAACUUGGUGUUCAACUAUCAUGACAUGGCCGGAUUAGAAAUACCACAGAUAAAGCUUAAAGUAUGGUUCCAAUAUGGGUCUGCAAUGUCAAUGAUAUAAAUUGGCAUUCCAAAGGUCAUUGUAUAUCAUGACAGAUAUACUGCAGCUACCCAAGGAGCUUCAGUACUUCAUUCUGGCCAAGAUCGAUGGCAUUUCAUUGUGCAUGGUACAGCGAACUUGCAGUCAGUGGCGUGAUAUUGUGUUUGACCUCGAAUCACACUUCAAUGUCUGGUUGCGCUGUUGUAUUAAAGAAAUUCCAAACGAGAUCUUUGUCAAGCUUGCAGGCACCACAGAACUCCACGAUAUAAAUCAAAUCAACAGUACUGCUCGAAAUGGAUUAAAAAAACUGCACUGGUUGUUUUGGAAACAGAUGUAUAUUGAAUACAUAACUUUUGGAAAAGUAGGAAAAUGGAAACCUGACAAAACUGAAAUUACACUGAAUAAUUCCAAUUAUGGUGUAUCUACAGCUUUGGAUUUUAAAGACAAUUUUCUUGUAUCUGGACACAAAGAUGGCAGUGUUGUUGUGUGGGACGAUUUGAAUGCAACUGAACAUGAUGAACAGAUGGGUAUUCAUAUGGUGUCCUACCAUUUUAGAGAUGUCUCUGAUGUCAAGGUCAUUACUGAAAGAAAUGAAGGAGAACGAAUAAAAGUCAUUGUCUCUUCAUCGCUGUCGUCAAGAGUUCACAUUACAGAUCUGAUGGGUAAAGAAACUGAGAUACGACAGUAUUUUUCCAAACAAGUGAACGCUGUCAGUGUGUGGGGACAGUAUUUUGUUGUUGCUGCAAACUCCUCCAUGGCCAGUGGACAGAAGGUGGAGGUUGUGUCGACACCAAUGAGUACUGAAGUGGUGUGGGAACUGCACGGACACAAAACCUCAGAUCUGUCGGCUGUCGCCAUGUGGGCUGAUGAGAUAGUGACUGGAGAUUUCAGUGGUAAUCUGAUGUCGUGGAAGUUAGCCCCGGACCAGGUCACUAAUUCUGACCCGGUACUCCUGGCCCAGUUUGAGGUCAGUGUGAAAUACAUCUGUCUGCAAGGCAAGAACGUGAUCAUUCUUCUCGGUGAUGGCAGUAUAAGUUUUUGUGGACAAGAACGUGUUUUCAAGAGAGUGUUGCGCCAGUCGUUGUUUGAGGUUCUUCGAGGUACUCCCGACUGCAUCACACUGCAUGGACCACUUCUUGCCGUCUGUGUCACGUUCGGAUCAUUUUACCUGUAUUAUGUCCCAAAUCAAGACUGUUGGGACAACCUUGACCUGAUGGCCCCGCUAACCCGAGUGUGUACAGAAAAACCAUUGAUCACGGCUAUUAGCCUCGGUCAUCAUGGAACUGGACCUUUGGUUGCCGUGGCAACGGAUGAUGGUGCAAUCUCAAUAUACAAAUGGCGACCACCAUGAACAUACAUUUUUUAUAUAAUUAUCUACCAUUUACUUCUUUAUAAAGGUGCCAUAUAUGCUCAAAAGGAAUUAAAAAAAUCUGAGCUGAUUUUUAGUUUCCCCAUUCUUGGAUUACGAGACUUGGGGAAUUAUAAUUAAAAACAGUCUUGGCCAAUUAAAGAACAAUUAUUUGUUUUAAUCAGUUGAGCGCCAUUUUCUUUGUUAUUUUGUGCUUUUUAUCAGCAGACAUGAAACAACAACAUUCAGCAAACUUUUCAUAUUAGCUGCCUUUAUUAUAUUUAAUAUACAAUACAUGUUAUAUGUUUAUAUUGGUUUAGAGGUCCACCAAUAUUGUAUAUUCAGUUGGUAAUUUUUAUCUAAAAUUUUUGAAAGAUUGGAUACAAAAAGUACUGGUUGCCGGAAUAUGAUGAAAAUAGAACCUUUCAUUCUGUCUCCAUUAUAACUAUAUGUAGUACACAUUUAUUUAGACAUCCACAAAUGUUACAUAUUCUUUUGUACUCUUUGUCUUUUAAUUUAAAAAAAAUUGAAUAUCAAUUAGUUGCUGAUAAGUCGAACAGACCACAGCUGUAGUCCUAAUCAUUUAAGGUACAUUAGAAGAGAUUGUACAUUCUUAGAUAUUUUUUUAUAUAAAGCAUUUAUGUAUUUUAAUUACAUAGCAGUAUUACAUUUGUUUUUGUUAAUAAAAAUGUUUUUAUGGUGAAUGUACCAAGCUUUGUGUAACAUGAAAGUAACAGUUCUGUGUCAAACAUUCUAUUCUACAAUGUAAUAAAUGUAUGGUUAUUUUGUCUUAACCAAA